UUGAAAAUAGUUGUGUCUAAGUGACUUAGAAAGGUGAUGAGUCAUUCAAAAGCACUACCUAGUGGGGAGGGGAGGAAGGUAAUCUGGUAGAAAUUUUACUUCCGGUUUUGUACUCAACAAAUUAUUGGGCUCAGCCAGUACAAAGGCCAUCCCACCGUGUCAGGCCAUAUAGUGUUAAAUAUUAAAUUACCCGUUUCCAAUUUUAUGAACCCUUACAUUUGAAUACCGUGACAGUUGUCUGCGGUCAUGGGAUUUCUGUGGUCCUUAGUGGCUAUUUCUGCUGGGUAUUUUCUCGGUGAAAUCGUUCGGCUUGCCCUCCGACGAAUCCUUCCCAGAGUGUACUACCCAUACGCUAACGAACUGAUCUCCACCUUCCAGUUGUCAGUUUGUGUUUUCGAGAUUUCCGUAAUCGGAAGAUUCUAUAAUUCUUGGAUUGCGCUGUUGUGUUCUUUUGUUCUGCUUACUGUAAAAAAUGUUGGAUUCAUUUUCGAAGGAGCUUUCGCGAAUCCUUGCGGGCUUUUAGAGGACCUUGUUUACGAGAAGGGAUACUGGCUAUCGGAUAACAUAGCGAAAAUCUUCUUCCAAGUUUUAGGCGCGCUUUUAAGCUUUCCGUUCAUUCAGAUGCUAUGGCUGUCGACAUGGAGUGAACUACAUUAUCAGCAAAUAAAGAGAGGCCUUCGAUCUACUCUCGAUGUUUCCCUGUUGUAUGGAUUUUCGAUCGAGAUCUUGGCCACUUUCGUGUCCACCGCGAGCGACUUCUUGUCACGUGGCACACUAAGAAGGUUUAACCCAGUGAUUCGAUCCGCGAUCUGCGUCCUUCUUAGCUUCUUUCUUUCCGAAACUACUGGAACGUGGAUGAACCCUGCCUUGGCUACGGCGCAAACGUUCGUGUAUUGCUCAAGGAACGAAGUUAUUACUGAGCAUCUGUUCGUGUUUUGGCUAGGACCGAUUAUCGGAACACUAGCGGCUAUUGAAAUGAACACUUUAUUUCUGAAGCCUUCGGUGAUUACCCAAGGAAGAGAGAAGAACUUAGCAAAGAAGAUCAAGCAAUCUUCAGCUAAGAAUCAUCGGGAUGGAGCCGUAAAUUCUAACAGAAAUCAAAAGGAAAGAUUUGCAAAAAACGCUUAACGUUAUUUAUACUGACAAACUCUGAACUCGUGUACCACACACACUGUAACCAGAUUUUAAGUGCUCUUCUUCGAGGUCAAUAUUUUACCGAGUCAUUCUAACUCGAUUUUAUUUCGGGAUUUUCUCUAUUUUUAAAAAAUUCUUAUGGGGUUUUUUAAACGUUAUUUACCUUGGCCAAAGGAAGAUUAUAAGCGCAGAUAAACGUGUUUUCCAUGUGAUUCCGUGACAUUUGAUUUGCAUAACAAUAUAACUCUGUCCUUUGCCCUGGGGCACAUCGAUCGUAAGAGGUUCGUUUCAGAACAACAUAAAAAAAUAUCAUUAAAAAAUUGGCAUAAAAUGGAUCGAAGUCAUCUUGUGGCAUUUACAAGCUUUUAGUCCAAAUGUAUUUACGAGGUUCUCGUGUGAACAAAACAUUGAUUAAAUAUUCAUUUGAGUGCAAUGUAAUGUGGACAGAUAUCGUGUGAAAAGCAGAUCUGCUUUCAUUUAUCAUGUUUAUGAAUUAAAAUAUAUUUCAAAUUCAGGACUA